AAAUUCUUCUCCGCCAAUCACAGAGUUCCCGGAAGUGACGCUUGCCUUAUAAUAAAUUGCUGAUAUUGCUCGUAACAAUUCAUUUAAAUAUUUCCAUACUAUAUAGACUAUAGUCAGGAUUGAAACCAAAGAAGAUGCGUUUUUAUUUUUAAAAACGCGGUGAUUGCCAGUUUCCGUCUACGAACAUCAGGGCAUCUUCGCAUGUAAGUCUGUAAUCUUCCUAAUGAAAAAUUAUCUUGACGUCGACAAAGCUGUCUAUGUGGAAAAACCAACUCGUUUCUCUGAUUUCCUUUGAUUACGUACCAGAGUUGUUUAAUACUAAGAGUUUUCCAGAGUUCAUCUCAGUUGCUCUAUCAAACAAGUCGCCCGAUUUCGCAACAGCCAAUGGCCAAUGUAUAUAUGUGCAUGCAUGGCUAUUUGGUUUCCGGACAGAAUUUUGAAACGCGUUACUGGAAAUCAGCCAAAGUUGGAAACCAAACACUAUGCGAUGAGAAAAUUCCCGUUGGGCAAACCCCAAUUCGGUGCGGAAGCCGACAGCAGUACUAUAGAUUUCACGACGUUGUAGUUUCAAGUUACCUUACUACAAUAUGGGCACGUUAUAUGUUAAAAAAAGCGCUAAUACGGUCCUUUGACGCUUUGCAAGAAAAUUUCCAAACGCUUCAUAUGGCCAUUUCACAGAGUCUUCUGCUCUGGGUUCUGAUUAAUAAUCUGGAGAACAAUGUCCAGUUUCAACAGACUCUUUGGAAGAGAUCACUCGCAGAAGGCUAUUCAGAAACAGGAUGCCCAAGUCUUACGAACGACCAGCUCAAUUCGUACCUCUGGGUCAUGGAUCGCAAUCCACCAGUCUAUUUCUUCGGUACUAUUCAUGUGCCGUACACUAACGUGUGGGACUAUAUACCGUUCAACAGCAAGCGGGCGUUUAAAAUAGCCAAUAAUGUUUACUUUGAAUUGGAUUUGACGGACCCUCAGAGUUUCAGGGUCCUUGAACGGUGCAAAUCUCUGCCGAGCGGCGUCAAAUUGCGAGAUGUUUUACCCACCAGAUUGUAUAAGCGAAUAAAGAGACACUUCAUGUAUAUUCGAGGAAAGCUGUCGGAAUGGAUACCCGAAGAACAACAAAAAAUUAUGAGGCUAAGUUCGUCAAGCCUGUAUCAACAGUUGACAAGAAAUUGGCAUAGGCAAAGACCAAUAUGGAUUAUGAUGCUACUCAAUAAACUUACAAAGUACUCUGUGCAGUCAUUGGCACAGCGCCUGCCUGACCUUGAUACGUAUUUGAGAGACGAGGCUCUUGCAAAUCGUAAGCAAUUGGGUUCGAUUGAAACUGUCGAAGAACAUUGUGGUAUCGUGAACAGAUUUAAUAGCAACAAGGUAAUCAUAGCCCUUAAUCAAACCUUGAUACUGCACGAAAAGAUACGUCGCGGAAAAGAAAAUCUGCCAUUUACAAUCAAGCAACUGAUAACUCAUUAUAACUGUGGCAAUCUAAAAGACGUCAUCUUUCCACAAGAUGUAUCAGGCAUUGUUAACAACGCCAAUAUUUCAAAAACAAGAGGCUUGAUACAAGAGAAAAAUUUUAAGGCCAAACGGUUCGACGACUACAUGAAGGAAGCAUUGAUCUUUAAAAGAAAUCAAAAGAUGGCAAACAGAAUUGUGAAAAUAAUAAAUGAAUUGCCAAAGCGAAGAAUGUUGUUUGCUUUUGGUGCAGGUCAUUUCAUUGGACAAAGAAGUAUUAUUAGCAUUUUGCAAAGUCAGGGGUACAACAUUACUCAUCUCAAAGCCAGCGAUCCACUUCCAAGGUAUGGUCAAAAGCGCAAAAGAAAGCAAUGUAAGAAACAGAAGAGGGCACGGACGAGAAAAAACAGAAUGAAACUCAAAAGAAGACGAUAUCGUGCUCGAAAAUAUUGCAAUAAGGAUAUUUCACAAAAAAAUCUUGUGGCUAAAUCAAAGACGACAACAUGUCCGUUAUGUUCAACACAUGAUGAAGCUAGAUUUGCAAAAGCAUCCCGCUCGUCCUCAUUGUCAAUUAAUGUCAGUCAGGGGUGGGGGAACGUUACAUGGCUCCUUCUAUUUAUUACCAGCAUGGUAGGUGUGUAAACGAAUAUCUAAGCAUAAAAUAAGAUAAUACAUACAACCACUCUAUAUAUACCACAAAUAGUCGGUAUAUUAGGACGGCAUUAUUGACUGUAUUGUGAUGAAAAUUUUGGCAUAAGAUAAUUGCGUUCUUUUAAUUGCAUUGUGAACUCCACAAACAUGAGUAUAUCUAUACAUGGUUGUGAAAUAACUGUGGAAGUACGGCAGCAAGAGAUAAUGAGGAAGA